GCUCCAACGAAAACUGUCGUAACUCCGAAAUUGUCGCUAUUUGAGUUACCACUGUAACCGAACUUAAAAAGUCCGCUUCUUUUCCUACGAAAACUGUCGUAACUAAAUGUCGCUCCGUGACUGCGCAAACGCGGUGUCUUAAAUGUCGUAACUCAACUGCUGGAGAAUUGUGCGACGAAAAUAGUCGUAUCUUGAGUUACGACUAUUUUCGUAGGAAUCAUACACGCCAGUUUGCUGGAGUGCUUGACUUACGACUCUUUCGUAAGAAUCAUGAACGCGAGUUGUGUGGUGGGGCGAGUUACUCACUACUCAGUCAUUAGCGGAAAAGCACAGUGACGGUUAUUUUGUUGCAUUGUUUAUUAUUAUAAUUGAAAAUGUCGUUGAGAAGUAAGCGAAUUGUAGAAUUAGCUUCUAAAAUUACGUGCCUGGACAAUAGUGACGAUAAUGCAAGAACCUCCCAACAGGCCUCCACUUCUGCAACUGGAACUAAAAUUCUUUCUACAGAAUGUACCUUGGAUGAUCAUAACAAGGAAAAUGACGGAUCUAAUAAUUUGGAUAAUGAAGAUGGUUGUCUGGAAAAUGAAAGUGACAUUGAAGAAACCGAAGUACUUUCUGGACGCGACUAUUCUGAAUGUUCAGAUGAUGAUCCUACCUACAUACCCGAAGAAUACACAGACAGGGACAAUAUAUUAAGUGAAAACGUUCAGGUUAUUAUAGAAGAUAAAGAAAAUAAUAUACUCGUAGAAAAGAAAAAGCGCAGAUCAUCAGCUAAGGUAAAAAAGUUAAGUAGGAAACGUAUAAGGAAUACUGACCAGUGGGUAGAUACUCUGGCCAAAAAAGGGUUAGAUUCGGGAAUAGAACAUGAAAACAGGAAGGGCAAGUUAAUUAAAGCUAGGAAAAUAGGCAAAGGGGGCGCAAGUUCAUGUAGAUUUAAGUGCCGAGAUUUGUUGGUUGCAGAAAAGCAAGAGUCAAUAUUCAAAGACUUUUGGGAACUAGGUUCGCACACACGACAGUGGGAUUUCGUAUCUCAUUGUGUAAAACAAGUUAAUAAGAAACAGGUCACUGUUGCCCAGAACUCUCAAUCACGCCGAAAAUUUUCUCGAGAAUACUACUUUAAAAUUGAGAAUCAAGAAAAACGAGUAUGCAAAACAAUGUUUCUGCAUACCCUAGGAAUUUCGGAGAGAUGGGUAUCUACAGCAUUAUCCAAAGUAAAAGAUAGCGGUGCAGUUGAAGAGGAUAACCGUGGUAAACAUCAAUCACGACCUAACAAAAUUAAUGAAGAUGUGAAGGAGAUUGUUAGGGAACACAUAAAACUGUUUCCGGUAGUACCAUCCCAUUACACAAGAAAAAAUACGCAGAAAUUGUAUCUUGAAGAUGGACUGAAUAUCCAGCGUAUGUACCGAUUAUACUUGGAGUUUGCAAAAACGAUGGAUGUAACGAAUGUUGCUUCUUCCAGACAGUAUCGUGAUAUAUUUAACGGGGAGUUUAAUCUAAGUUUUUUUAAACCGAAGAAGGAUCAGUGUGAUCUCUGUAUACGGUAUACUGAUACUGAUAAAGGAAACCCCGAACUCCAAGAAAAGUAUGACAGUCAUAUCACUAACAAGAAUAGUGCACGUUCGUUAAAGGAUCAAGAUAAACUAAUAGCACUAAACAAUAAAUCGAUUAUUGUUGCGUGUUUUGAUCUACAGAAAGUUUUGGUAACCCCAAAAUCAGAGGUCAGUAUUUUUUACUACAAAAGUAAGUACGCAACCUACAAUUUUACUGUAUACGAUAUCGGCAACCAUAAAGGUUACUGUUAUGUUUGGCAUGAAUCUGUUGCUAAACGUGGAGCUAACGAAAUAGGUAGCUGCUUAUGGAAGUUUUUAGAUACUGCUGCAAAUAACAAAAACAUUCAAGAAGUAAUCUUCUAUUCGGACAAUUGCGGAGGUCAAAAUCGCAAUCGCUUUAUAUUUUCCAUGUUCCAGUUAGCAGCAUGUGUUUUCAAUAAAAAAAUUACGCAUCGAUUUUUUGAAAAGGGCCAUACGCAAAACGAGGGCGAUAGCAUGCACGCCGUCAUCGAAAAUGCUAAAAACAGACAACAAGUUGUGUACACCCCUGAACAAUGGGUAACCCUAAUUCGAAUGGCAAAAGUAACAGGUACCCCCUACGACGUGACUGAAAUGUCGCAAAAAGACUUUUAUAAUUUAAAAAAAUUGGUGAUCGGUCAAAAUUGGAAAACAGACGAGGAUGGUCAGCAACUAAAAAUUAGUAAGGUCAGGGAAAUAGUGCUUCUAGGAAACCCAGACGGAAGAGUUGAUUUUAAAUAUGAAUAUACUGAUGCUCCAAAAUCGUUAAACAUUUACAAAAAACGAAGAGGGCGCCCAAGUUGCUGUUCAAGAGCUGAUCUCCAACAGCUUUAUGAUAAACCACUACCAGUGGACAAAAAGAAACUGGAUGGGUUAUUGGAACUUUGCAAUAAACGUGAUAUUCCCGAGAUGUACCACGGAUUUUAUAGAUCAUUAUCAUAUAAUAAGGCCAAGAAUACUACCGAGGAAACUGUUAACAAUGAAGAAACUUCCACUGAAGAACAGUCAGAAUAACAUUAUUUUGAGGCGUUUGGUAAUAAUGUAAUAUUGUUAGAUUUAUCUGUGUAUAGAGCUGUAGUUGCAAAAGGCAACUUUCGAAACUCAUUAAAAUUACCUUUUAUAUUUUAUAAACAAUAAUAACUCUGCAAUUUUAUGUAGAUGGUGUGUUCAAUAAACUUACGACAAACACUACAUGUUUUAUUUCUAAGGUACAUUCCGAUGAAGACUGUCGUAACUCAUUGUAAACACAUAAAAAAUAAGAAAUUUUGAAAAUUGUAUUUCAAUGUUCAUUUUUCAUCCAAUUGUAUACCAUUACACAAAAAUUCAGUUUCUUGUACAAUUAUGCCGAUUUUAUGUGAGCUCUGAAACUUAAAAUGCUAUUUUUCGCAAAUGCGCAAAAACUGAGUUACGACACUCUUCA